AUGCCAGCGCCACCGAAGCGACUCACACUCAGUCAGAAGGACAUAGUCAGGGCAUACUACCGCAACUCGACUCAUCGCACGUUAAAGAAUACAUGCGCGUGGGUCAUGCACGAGUUUGGCAUCACGUUGAAUCGAUCUACUGUGAGUCGCAUUCUCCAGUGCACCCGCGACUACUCAGAAGCCAACAUUGAUGCCGCCGCUGCAAUGCUGUCGCGCUACAACUAA